AUGGGUGACGAGGAAGAUGACAUUGUUUGGAUUCGAGAUGAUCCAAUUCCACCUCAAACUCCAACAACUCCAGCCACAAUAAUCGAAGUUCUCUCACCAACUCCUACAGUAACAAUAUCUGCACCACCAGAACAGAAAUUGGAUGAAAAUAUAAAUGAAAUAAAUAGAUCGACGAGUAAACCACCAGAUACACCAACAGAAAAUAGUGCAUCUUUUGAUAUAAGUUAGUUUUUUUUUUGAAUAUUUUUUGAGGGCCCAUAAAAUAAGGCAGAUAUCUGCUGAUCCGAAAAACUUACCACAUAAAUAAUCCCCAACUUCAAUUUCGAACAAUAAUAAAAAUAAAAAAGUGCCAUAAUAUUUAUGAAAUUUAUUUUAGACUGCAAGUUUUCUUAACUUCUUUCCUGCUUUAAGGCCACGCCCACUUUACAGAUUAGCUUUUUUAGGUAAAGGCCUAGAAUAAAUAUUUUCAAAAGUUCAAAAAUCAAAUUUAAAACGUGUUUUCAGGCGAAUACGAGAAAAAUUUAAACAAAACAACAAGAGAAGCGAAUGCUUUGCUAGAGGAAUUGGACAGAAAAUCACGACAAGUUGCUGAAAAUAAUCAACAAGUCGCAAAAGAGUAUGUCUUUCUGUGAGGAGUUUUGGAUCAAAUUAAUAGAAAAAUAUUUACAGCUUGUAUGAAGCACGUGAUUUAUUGAAUUCUGGAAAUCAAGAAAAAGAAAAAACAAUCAACGAUGUUUCACAACUUCCACCGCCUCCAGAAUUGCCAUCAGGAGGGUAGGUUUUUUGGGAUUUUUUUUGGAUACCGCAAUCUUCCGCUUCAGUUUCUCUGCACCUCGAUCUAAUUAAUCUAAAAUGGAUUUUUUUUAAUUUCUAGACUUCCAUCAAACGUUGAAUCAGUUUUAAUCGGCGAUGGAAUUCUCGAAAAUAUCACCGGAACUCUAGUUCUACCAAAUGGUCUCGUUCUUGUCACCGAUGAAAAUGCCGGAAUCAUCUUAUUCGAUUUGAGCGGAAACAUUCAACGAAAAAUCAAUGCGGCUGACAAUGAAUUCAAGAGACUUUGGAGUCCGGUUUAUCACAAAGAGCAUAUUUUAAUAUUGGCUGAUGCGAAGAAUUCGGAAAAUCAUUGGGUUCGACACGUCAUCAAGUAUACUGUAGAUUUGAAUUAUGUGGCCAAAAUUGAAUGUCCGAAAUGGUUGUCUGAUUCGCAGAUUUUAAGAGAAAGAUUGAGUAUUGCACAUAAUGAUCAUUUAUAUUUGUGUGUUUGUGGAGAGGUAUUUUUUAAUUAUAGACACAUUGUUCUUCUGAAACUCAAAAAUUAAAUUUCAGACAUUUUCGGGGCUUUAUGAAUUGACUCCAAUCGGACAAUGGACCGAAUUAGAAUAUAAAUUAUCGGAAGCAUGGUGUGAUAUGCUAGCAUUUUCCACAAUUGGACCAAUCACUCAAUUAUUAGUCGUCGAAGCGCGAAAAAACUAUGUUCUUUUGGUUUCAGUGAGAGAAUCGAAAAUUGUGGGCAAGAAAAGAAUUGCGAUUUGUGAACAUCCGGGAGCAUUGGCAAAAGAUGAAGCAGGUAUUUGACAAAAGGGAAAUCUAGGGAAAAAUAAAAUUUGAUUCAACAAACAGGUCGAUUGUUUGUCGCAAAUCGUCAUUCGGCGAGUAUUCAACUAGUUGAUACAAUUAAAUGGGUCAGUCAGAAGAAUAUCGCAAUCACUGAUGGUUAUGUGAGUUAUUUUCAGGAAAUUUGGGAGGUCUAUAGAUUUUUUCCUUUUCCUCUCGAGGAAAUUUUUAAAAGUUAUGACAUGGUUUAGAAUUUCAAAAAUUGAUCAAAAUUUGAAGAUUUAUAAAUUAAACAAACUCUUUAGUUUUUUCUUUGAAAAUAAAUGUAUAAAUUUAUUUUCAUAUUUUUUUUGUUAUAUUUUUGAUUUACGCCCCACGUCAUAGCCAAAAAAUUCCCAAAACCAAAACCUCCACUAACCAAUCAAUAAUCUUUUCCAGGUUCGUCAUUUCACAGCAUGUUGGGGUCUUUUAGCAGUUCCACUCAAAAACGCGAUUCGCCUUCAAAAAUAUUCGUUCCGCUCUUUGCGAUAA